AUGACAGAGCCAGUCAAUAAUAGAGACAGCCUGUGCAGUGUCGAGGACCUCAGCUUCCAACAUGAUCUUCUUCCGACGCCAGAGAUCUUCGCCAAAAGCGGCAGUGCUCACAUGAUCAACAUUCGUGCAUUCCAGAGGCCUCCGCUCGAUCAGCAUAGCCAGUUCGACGGCAAGGUUCUGUCGUCGCCUCCCGCGACCUUACCACCCACAUCUUUUCGGUACAAUGCUCCAAGUAUCCGCCUACAGCACCCCGAAGCUGCGCCUGCACUGCGGUCGACAAUAAGAACUGCUUCACCCGCUGCUCCGCCACCGACAUCUAACAGGACGACCACCAGGCCAACGGUAGCCAUACCCAACCGCGACCAUCGCCAAAAGUCAGCAGAAUCCGGUCCAGCCAGUGCAUUGCUCGCCCUCGCCUCGAAUUUCCUGGGCAACAUUGUCAAGAUCGGACAACAACCUCGAACCUCAUCUCCUCUCGUCAGCAGGCUCGGGAGGCAGAAAGAGGAGAUCCGGAUAGUCGACUCAGAAAUCCUCAUAAAGGUGAUCGACGAUGAGACCUUCCGUCAAAAUCGGGUCAGCUACCCAAGUUCUGCUGGCACCGAAGCAAGUGAGAAGCCGGAAUGUCUGACUGCGUUUGAAGGAGACGGUGUGUGGUCGGCUGGUACAUCGCACGUCCCGUUGUCGGCCGGGUGUAAAGAAGGCAGUGCACAGGAGAUUGAUGCGUUGUCGAAGAUGAGUUGGGAAAGGCAGUUGAUGAGGGCGCAGGAAAGUAGUUUUUCGCAGUCAAUGAAUUGUACUCUUUAG